GCCAUUUCAUGAUGGAGGUUAUUAGAGGAUCGUCAUCAGUUCAUCAUCGUCCUGUGCUUAAUCUUUAUGUUUUUGGGGUGUUGUUGAUUAUUGGAUAUGGUUUCUCCGAUCUUGCUCUUUCUCAGCAGCUACCAGAUGUUGAAGUCGAGGCUCUAACAGAAAUAAUGAUAACAUUAGGAAAACAAGGAUGGGACUUUGCAAAUCCAUGUAAUGCUACCGAGGGUAUUAUCUGUACUUGCACUUUCUCUGGAAACACCGCCUGCCAUGUUACUGAAAUCGUGUUGAAUAGACAGAGCUUAUCCGGCAUAUUACCUCCCGAGCUUGUCCAGCUUCCUUACCUCAAAGUAAUUAACCUUAAUCGCAACUACCUCAGCGGUUCAAUCCCAAAAGCAUGGGGUUCUAUGAAAUUGGUGAGCAUCUAUCUUGGGGGAAAUCGAUUAUCUGGCCCAAUCCCGAAAGAGAUAGGAAAUAUCACUACUUUAAAAGAAUUAGAUUUGGGUUUCAAUCAAUUCUAUGGGGAGCUUCCUCAAAACCUUGGAGACAUCGUGGGCAUUACCCGGAUGCUACUUUCCUCCAAUAAUUUUACUGGGGAACUGCCACACACGUUUUCUAAGUUAACCAGCCUGGAAGACUUGCGAAUAAGUGACAAUCAGUUUACUGGAAAGAUACCUAGCUUUAUAAAAAAUUGGACCAACCUUAUAAAACUAGAGAUUCAUGCAAGCGGUUUGGAAGGGCCAAUCCCGCCUGAGAUCUCCGCCCUGGAGAAUUUAAUAAACUUGAGGAUUAGUGACUUAAACGGUAAAGAUGGUGGUUCUUUCCCACCACUUAAUAACCUGAAAAGCCUGAAGACGCUUACUCUAAGGAGUUGCAAUAUUAAUGGAACAUUACCUACCUAUCUUGCAAGUAUAGAGAGCCUCAAGUCCUUAGACCUCAGCUUUAACAAACUCUCAGGCGAAAUUCCAAAUACCCCCUUUAUCAAUCCGUCGAAUGUUAAAUUCAUGUACUUAACUGGAAACUUGCUGACUGGGCCUUUACCGAGUUGGAUGCUUGGAAAAGUAAAAAAUAUUGACCUUUCAUACAACAAUCUCACACUAGAGGACUCGUGGGAUUGUCAACUAAACAAUACUAUAAAUCUAUUUGGAAGCUCUUCAAGAAAGAACAACUUGAAUGGCAUACCAAAAUGCUUGAAGAGCCGUGUUUGUAAUCAACCGGAUCGUCAUUUUUUCAAUAUCAAUUGUGGUGGAGAAGAGUUUUCUACGAAUGGAAAUGACGAUGGCAAAUACGAUGGUGAUACAACUUUAGGUGGCCCUUCAGACUUUUACCACAAAGGCACUAAUAAUUGGGCAAUGAGUACCACUGGCGAUUUCGUGGACAACGAUGACGAUAGUGACAGUAACAUAGCUUUAAUUGCAAAAACAUCACUCUACUCACUGGUGAAUUCGGAAUUAGACAUGACAGUGCGCAAAUCUCCUCUAACUCUAACUUAUUAUGGGUUUUGUUUGAUUAAUGGGAAUUAUACUGUGAAGCUCCGCUUCGCUGAGAUAGAAUUCCCAAAUGAUAAAUCACAAGAUAGUCUUGCGAGACGUGUAUUCGAUGUCUACAUUCAGGGAAAGCGUCUGUUGAAGGAUUUCGAUAUUGUGGAAGCAGCGGGUGUAGCUGGUAACGCAGUUAUUAGAACAUUCAAUGAAUCUGUCACUAGUAACACCCUGGAAAUUCGAUUUUACUGGGCUGGAAAAGGCACACAAAGGAUCCCUAAGGCUGGAAUCUAUGGUCCUCUUAUUUCAGCUAUUUCUGUACUAAAUACCGAUUUUGUACCUCCUGGUUCCGGGAAAAAACUAUUUGUGGGUGUGUUGGCGGGAAUUGUCGUCUCUGUAUCAUGCCUUGUCUUUAUUCUGGGUGCUCUCUGGUGGAAGUGUUACUCGGGGAGAAAAAAUGCGACCAAUCGAGAACUAAGAGGUGUGGACCUAAACACGAAAUCCUUCACGUUGAGGCAAAUAAAAGCUGCAACAAACAACUUUGCUGCAGAAAACAAGAUUGGUGAAGGUGGUUUUGGACCUGUUUAUAAGGGCUAUCUUUUGGAUGGCACUAUAAUUGCUGUUAAACAACUGUCUUCCAAAUCAAAGCAAGGAAAUCGUGAAUUUGUGAACGAGAUAGGAAUGAUUUCUGGCCUACAGCACCCUAAUCUUGCAAAGCUUUAUGGAUGUUGUGUUGAAGGAAAUCAGUUGCUUCUUAUUUAUGAAUACUUGGAGAAUAAUUGCCUUGCCCGUGCAUUGUUUGGUGAAGAAGGGGUCCAAUUGAAGCUUGAUUGGCCAACAAGGCAGAAGAUUUGUGUAGGUAUAGCCAGAGGCCUAACUUAUCUGCACGAAGAAUCAAGGCUGAAGAUUGUUCAUAGAGACAUCAAAGGUACAAAUGUGCUUCUUGAUAAGGAUCUUAACCCCAAGAUUUCUGACUUUGGUUUGGCAAAACUUGAUGAGGAAGAUGACACCCAUAUCAGCACUAGAAUUGCAGGUACUCGUGGUUACAUGGCACCAGAGUACGCAUUGAGAGGCUAUUUGACAGAUAAAGCAGAUGUUUACAGUUUUGGAGUUGUCGCGUUAGAAAUUGUAAGUGGGAAGAGCAAUACGAGUUUUUGGACGAAGGAAGAGCGUACUCAUCUUCUUGAUUGGGCUUUAGUUCUUCAAGAGAAGGGAAAUUUGUUGGAGUUGGUUGAUCCAAAGUUGGAGUCGAAAUUCGAGGAGGAAGAGGUUCUGCGGAUGAUCAAUAUAGCUCUCAUGUGCACCAGCAUAUCUCCAACAUUAAGGCCUAAAAUGUCUUCAGUAGUCACCAUGCUUGAAGGUCGAACUUCUGUAGGAGAAUUCGCUUCGAAUCCAAUAGGCGAAUCUAGCAAUGAUUUAAAAUCCGAAGCUGUUGGUGAUUAUGAUGAACAGAGCUGGGACCAAAGCAUGGCACAUAAUAGCCAAACACAGAGUAUUUCAAAGGAUGCCUCGUGCUCUGAAUCUCCAACAUCUGCUGCUGACCAUUAUCCACUCAUUCACAAUUCAGAGACACAGUAUUGGAAUACGAUUUAAGGGGAAUGCGUUCUUCGGAACCUGAUAGAAUCAUAAUCAGAAACAAGGGGGAAUUUCUUUUUUUACUCUUGUCAAAUCUGUAUGCAAAACUAAGUAGAUGAAAAACAUGGGUAAGAAUUAUCUUUGUAUACAAAUGCUAAAUGUUCUGAGUUAGCCUAUACUGGAACCAUUUCAA